GAUUGGCGCGGCAACUUUGAGCUGAUUCUUCGAUACAGGUGUGCCCGUGUGUGUGUUGUUAGCGUGUUAGCAGACGUCAUCACCCCGUCGAUUCGAUGUGGCGCUCGGGUCUCUAUUGCAGCGUGCGAACAGCGGCAACACUUCGUGGCUACUUUCUUUCGUGCGGUGGAAACCGAAGCGUCACCGGUGUCGUUCCGAUCAAGAACCCUAUCGGGUGCACCUCGUUUCUUCUCUGUCAAACGAUUUCGGCAAAAUUUUCCGCCUCCAUUGUAAAACGUACGGCUAAUAAUAUACCCAACGCUACGAAUAUGAUCGAUUUCCAUACUGUCGAGCGUGGAACUGAGAACAGCACAUCGUACCGAAUAUACUAUCGAAAUGCUAGCGGGCAGGCUAUUUCCCCGUUUCACGACAUCCCCAUGUGGGCUGAUCAAGCCAAUCGAAUCUACAACAUGGUCGUUGAAGUCCCUCGUUGGACCAAUGCCAAGAUGGAAAUCGCCACUGGAGAGCCGUUAAACCCCAUCAAGCAAGACGUCAAAAAGGAACAGCUGAGAUUCGUCAAGAACCCUUUCCCGCACCACGGUUACAUUUGGAACUAUGGAGCUAUUCCUCAGACAUGGGAGGACCCAAACCGUACCGAUGCUCAUACUGGAUUCAAGGGCGACAACGAUCCGAUUGAUAUCUGCGAGAUCGGGCACCGAAUUGCCAAACGCGGAGAGAUUGUGCAGGUUAAGGUGCUUGGCGUACUCGCGUUAAUCGAUGAGGGUGAGACGGAUUGGAAGCUGAUUGCCAUCGACAUCAAAGACCCCCAAGCACCAGAGCUCAACAACAUUCUUGAUGUCGAAAAGCUUAUGCCUGGUCUACUCAAAGCUACCGUCGAGUGGUUCAGAAUUUACAAAAUUCCAGACGGCAAGCCACCUAACAAAUUCGCUUUCGAUGGUCAAGUGAAGGAUCGCGAUUUUGCGGAGAAAAUCAUCGCGGAGACACAUGAGCACUGGGUCGCUUUAAUGGCAGCUGCAGAUACGGGGAAGAUUAACUGCUCAUCUGUGACCACACAGGGCAAAUACAGAGUUACCCCAGAAGAGGCUAACUCGAUCGUUGGAUCAACGUCAGAGUUCUCCGCUAAUCCUUGCCGAGAAUCCACCAUUGACAAAUGGUACUACGUGAACGCCCAAUAAAGAAUUGAAGUUUUAAAUUAUAUUGAUAACGUAAGAAGUGGCGUGGUAAUCAAGUACCAACGUGUUUAUGUGAAAUGUCCAUUCUCAGUGAGACAAUUAUAUUGAACCUAGAUUUUUAUUUUUAUCAUCAUUUUUUUUUAUUGCUAUUUACAAUGUAAGCGUAAGCAACCGAUUUGACAUAAUCAAAUAAUGCAUCAAAUAAUAUAAAAUGGUGGCGCUAAAAACAAAUUGUCUUUUUUGCACAGCUAGUCACAGCAUUCAAGAUUAUAUGUAAAAUAAUUUAAUAUUAUUAAAUUGAAGUUAAAAACCAGUACUGUGUUAGUA